AUGAGCUCUUCAAAACAAUGUGAAAUUAUCGAAUGUAAGCGAACAGCAGCAACACUAUGUCGUCAUUGUAACAAAGAUGUAUGUAAAAAACAUUUUAUUGAACAUGCUGACUCACUAAACGACGAACUUCAUCCACUUACCGAUCAAAUUAAUGAAUUAACUACUAAACUCAACGGUUUAAAGUCGUUGCACAUAGUUGAACAAUCGUAUGCCAUAUUGAACAAAUGGAGAAAUGACAGUUUUCUAUUAAUUGAGCAACUUUAUGACCGUAAAAGAUAUGAAAUUGAUGUAUUAGUGGAACAAAAUUUUAUAAAAGUCAAAAAUGAGCAAGAAGAAGUCAUCAGAAGUCUCGAAGAAAAGAUUAAGAAAUUUAUUCGUGAUGAUGAUGUUACAUACGAUGAAAUCAAAGGAAUGAAAGAAAUAAUUAGAAAUAUUAGUAAAGAAACUGAAAAAUUAAAACAGAAUUUCAUCGAUAUACAAACAGAACCAUUAUAUAUUAACAAAAACUGCAUUACUGUCCGUUCAAAAAUCAAUUUAGUAAAAGAGGUCAAUGAGAUAAAAUCUGUCUCAUUAUUCGAUGGAACAGCGUUACUGUCUCAUGAUCAACAAUUGAUAUUAAACAGAUUUUAUGGUAAAUCAUCCCAACAAUGGAAACUGAUAUAUAAGGCAGUACGAGAUGGAUUUGACGUAGAAACAUUUCAUCGUUUAUGUGAUAAUUUUAAUCCAACAAUAACUGUUAUACAAUCAGAAGGAAAUGGAUAUUUAUUCGGUGGUUACACAAAUGUAACGUGGAAUCUCACCAGUGGACCAUAUAAAAAAGAUGCAACUGCAUUUUUAUUUACACUCACAAAUCCGUAUAACAUUCCACCAACAAAAUAUAAAGUUUAUAAUUCUCAGCAUGCAAUAUUUCAAGAUCCGCAUUAUGGACCAACAUUUGGCGGUGAAGGAGAGGGAAGUGAUAUUUGUGUUUUUAUUGAGACGAAUGCUGGAACAAUCCAUUUUCCUCAAACGUACAUAGACACAUCGGGAAAAGGAAACAAAACAUUCACUGGAUAUGAGCAAAGUAAAUUGUCUGAUAUAGAAAUUUUCAAAUGUAUUUAA